UGUGCUGAUGCUGUAAACUCCUUGGGACAGACCGCCCUGUUCAUAGCUGCUUUACUUGGCCUUGGGAAAGUGGUCGAUAUUCUUCUGGAUUUUGGCUCAGACCCAAAUCAUCGCUGUUAUGAUGGGAGUACUCCAGUACACGCUGCAGCUUUCUCUGGCAACCAAUCAGUUCUUAGUAAGUUGCUGGAGGCAGGUGGAGACUUGCGAAUCCAUGAUGAGAAUGGAAAGAACCCAGAGAGCUGGGCAAUGUCUGCUGCAAAGGAAAGUAGCAUCCAGAUGUUGGAGUUUAUCCAGCGCUGCACAGCACACAUGCAGGCCACCCUGGUGAAUUACACCUUGCUACACAAGGUUCGUUCUCCAAAAGACCUUGUCUACAACCCUUCCAUGUUUGGGGGCAUCACACACGGAAGGGACCACAGCCCACUGGGAAGAUUUCUGAAAGGCUCAAACCGUUCCAAAAAGUGCAAACAGUUUGGGCGAACUUUCAGCUUUGGCUUUGGGAAGUUUUAUCUUACUGGCAGCAAGCAAGUGGGCUACCUAUCAUCACUCCCACUCAUCACAGAUAAAGAACUGUUCCAGGCUGAUGAUGAACGGACCUUCUCAUUUCCUGCUGGGCCAUACAUGGUUAUGACCAAUUUGAUGUGGGGCGUGACCCGGGUCACAGUGAAGGAGCUGAAUCUGAAACCCCAUCGGAACUGCAGCAAGCUGCACCUGGCUGACCUGCUGCUUGCGGAAAAGGAGUAUAGUAGUAAACUCCGCCACCCUCAUUUGCUGCUGUUGAUGGCUGAGUGCUUAUCCAGUGGCUUGGAGAGAACCCAAUUAGUGUAUGAAAGGGUUAACUUUGGCUCACUUUACAGCGUCCUUCACGAGAGGCGCUCAGAUUUUCCAGUUGUGCAUGCCGAAACGAUUGUGCACUUGCUGCUGCAGGUGAUUGAGGCCUUGAGGUUCCUGCACACACAAGGCUUCGUCCACCGCACAGUCAGCUCCUAUGCGGUGGUGAUUGUAACGACUGGUGAAGCCCGACUCACCAACUUGGAGUACAUGAUUGAAAGCAAGGAUGGGGGAGAACACAGCGACCUGACCCGGGUGCCCAUCUCCUCUCAGCUGUUCAAGUGGUGUGCGCCGGAAGUGAUCCUUGAAAAGCCUGCUACUGCCAAAUCAGACAUCUACAGCUUCUGUGCCGUGAUGCAGGAGGCACUCACAGAUACUGUUCCCUGGGAAGGGAUCAAAGGUUCAGUGGUUAAAGAUCAUGUAUUUUCCGGCCGGUCUUUGGAAACUGAUGCUAGGCUACCGAAACUGUAUUAUGACACUGUGAAGAUUGGCCUGGAGUACAGAAAGAAGGACCGCAGUAUAAAUCUAGAGGAUAUUCGCUACAUCCUACAAAAUGACUUAAAGGAUUUGAUUGCAUCCCAGAGGAACUACCCCUGCGAAAGUUCCAGCACGCCCAACAGAGAAGCACAGCACAACAUUAAUAUCUGCUAUCCAUCCUCAGACGUCCAAAUCAAGAUGCCAAAGUUGCAGGGAGAGGAGACUGCCCAAGUCGUCAGGACUUUUACUGUGUCAAGAUGUGCUGUUACUUCACCCGUAAUGGAGGCCGCUACUUCCUCCAAGCUUGAGCCUACUAUUCAUGGAGCUAAACCGAGCCCGAUCUGGGACACCGCUCCUGAACCCCAGGAUGAUGCCAGCAGCAUGGAUGAGAGCCUCUGCAGCUUUGAAAUCAAUGAGAUCUACACACGUUAUCCAGAUUUGUGUGAGGGUAGCACAGAGGAAGAGGAGUCUACUGGAUUGGAUCCAGAAUCCCAAAGGAAAACACAAAUCACUCCAAAGCACAGGACAAAUGUCCCAUCGCCUCCUGCCAAAGUUCACAGUAGGCAGAUGAGCUUUAGUGAGGAAGACAGCUCUUCGGACCUCGAAGCAGAGAACAGCAUAGAGAACUUUAGUGAUGGGUCCGAGUGUUGCCUUGUUACCCAAGCAACACAGUACAUCAAUGAAAUAGAGGCCAGCUGUUUGAAUUGGGACAGGCUGUCUGGCAAGUUUAUCUCAGACCUAAAGACUUGUCAAAAUUUAAUGCAACGAUUUUCAGGUGCUGUUGAGAGAAUGAAGGAAUUAGAUGCACUGGAUGCCCAUAGGAAGCAGCCACUUGCAGGGGACCAAAGGCAGCAGUGCCACGUCCCAUGUCCUUUUGAGGAGGCUUACUUGAAGAGGACUGAAGAGGCUUUGGGAAAUAUCCAGGGGCCCUACAGUGGAGACAAGGCGUUACUGUGGAAGGCAGUCAGCCCUCCAUCAAAGUUCUACAUCCCUCCACUGUUGCAGGUCUCGGGUAUGCUGAGGCCAAUGGGUACUCACCACUUCCAAGCAAGAGAAAACGAACGCAAGGACGAGAGCAUGAGCCAAGACACCAACUUUUGGAACGAUCUGGAAUUGGUCGUGGCCAAAACCCCUAGAGACAUAGGAGGAGCAGAACCAAACUCUCAGCUCUUGUACCCGAGUGUGUCUACCAGGAGGGAAAGGAUGGCCAGUGCACAGCCACUUCGAGGGAGCGACUCGAGCUCUGCAGGGGAUGGAGUUAAAGAGGCAAUAAGGGUCUGUCAAAAACCUCUGUCUGAAACAUGUGAUGCAGCUUUGAGAAGCAAGGAGAGGAGUCUGGCACAGUCUGAAUGGGCAAAGGAAGUAAGUCAGAUGGCGAGCAAAGUAGUUUCUGGGCAACUGGACCUUUUGAUUCCGUACCCUCCCAGCACAUGGACUUCUGAGGCUGACGAUGAGAACAUCAAGGGUGCUUUAGAAAGUUCCGGCAACACGGCACGAAUCAAGACCUGCCAGCAAAGGGCACAAGAAUGGCCACAGGCAGUAAAAGAGACUGGUGAUCAGAAACCAGUCUGCAGCACUGAAGCGUUUUGUAAUUUUUUAUUAGGCAAGAGCAGCCAGCUUUUAGCAAAUGAGGCGCAAACCGAGUGUGACACAACCUUGUGCAAGAAUUCAGCCAUUUCUGUCAGCGCUGAAGACCUUUGCAGGGUGCAGCCAGAAAACCUCUGUUGUUCACCGUCUUCAUCUCCUGAUUCAUCAGAAGAGUUUUUAACUCCUGAUUCAGAUGUUUUUUUCUGUUAUUUAGCCCCUCAGGAGUAUUCAGAACCAGAGAACUCAAGUCCUGAAGAUAAAGAAGAUUUGUGUGAAGUCCGCAGACAGCAAGAAUUCCCCUUUGAUGCAGCACAGACCGGUAAAGUUACCGAGCCUCCGGUUUUGGUCGAGAAGCCUGCUUCUGAUUCUGUUAAAACCAAGAAGAAAAAGGAUAAGACCGAUAAAAAGGACCAGAAGGGCAAUAAGGCUCAAAAAUCUGAUAAGCAGCCCUUGACCAUUGAGGAGGGGGCAGCAGACUCCUCCCUGUCUGCGAAUGCUUCUAAGCACCGGGAGAGGUCCCCGAAGUGCGCUGCUUCUCCGAAGCCUUCAACCUCUUGGCGCCGAGAGUCACCAUCACCCCCGAGGCUUUCUAAGCAUCGGAGCCGAGGGCGGAGUCCUGGACUGGCUCGAUGCCAUAAGUCUGCUUCCCCGUAG